AUGGCCCACCUCCUCUGGAUCGAGGAGCUCGAGGCCGACGCUGCGUGCUGGAUGCAGGAGUGGUGCCAGGCCUACCGGGUGAUUUGCUGGAUCCUCGCCUACCUAGCGACCAUGCUUGCGUUUUUCCCCCCUCACUUCUACUCCGGGGCCUCCGUCGCGAGGGGGCCGCGCGCGGGCAUCUUCAAGGACUUCGACUACAAGGGCUCGAAGGGCCACGAUGCGACCGCUUGCGACGGCUCUGAUAGCGAUGCCGUGGACUACGAGCCGAUGCAAGACGUGGGCUCCGGCGCGCCCCUGGUCGGAAACGAGCGCGCGACGGGCAUCGCGGGCAUUGGGGCCCUCGCGCGCCGGGCCGGAAACGAGAAUCGGGCCCAGAAGAUUGGGGAGUGCAGCAAGGGGAAUGACUCCCGCGCUGACGCUCAGCAGGUCAAAUUUGACCGCUAUCUGGAGAUGGGUCAGACCACGAUUGCUCUCAUUCAGGAGCGCCGCGAAGCAGAGAUGGGUCUCAUUCGCGCAAAGAAGCAAGUGGAGGUGCUCGAGACCAGUGCCACGGAUAGAGUGGUCCCAGAAGUGGCCGAGGGUACCGAGGAGGGCUGCGCUCGAGCUGGCGAUCAGCUGCAGCAGCCCGAGAUGCUGAUGGCGCUCGAGGCGAAGCCCAAGGCCCAGGCGAAGACCAAGGAGCAGGCUGCCGCGCCCUCGGCUAGUUUGCUAGCUUCGCUGGAGUCUGUCGAGCAAGGCGGAAUGAUCGAUCGGAGGGACAUGGGCGUUGCCGAGAAGCGCGAUGCUACCUGUGACUACGCCGCGCGGAUUGCAGCCUGCAGGCGGCGCAUGGAGGAGUCUGGACUGGAGGUGCGCCCGGACACCCCGGUGGAGCUACCAGCUUUUCCCGAUCGCAGUGUGGCCGAGCCUAAUCACAUUCGCUACGGGAUCUUCGACGCGGAGCAUCCUGCGGACCCUGGUCCACAUGUGCGGUCCCAGAAGGAGAUGAUCUACAGGAGCUGCGAAGCAAUCGAAGGAGUCCCAGCAGGAGACGAUUAUUACGCCUGGGUGGACGUCGAGGACCUCGUUCAGACGGAGGACCUUAAUCAGUGGCGCCGCCCGCGGCAGAUGCACAUCCGUGAUGCUGAGAAGCCUCGCAUUCAGAAGAUGCAACAGGAGUCGGCGGAGCAGCGCGAGAGCACGCGCAUUGUUCUGACGAGCCGACAUCAGCAGAAGCUGGACCAGAGGGAGCGCGAGCACCUGCUGGCCCACGAUCAGGACGUCACCGCCGUGGACGCGCACUCGGCAGAGAUGUUGGCGGUUCGCCAUCGUUAUGCGAGGUGCAAUGCGAACCGCGUGUGGACGAGCUUCCUAGGGGCGAUGCCCACAGCCGACGCCGUGCGGAUCGCUCGCGCGUGCAACAAUUUCGACAGCAACACCGCCAGCAGCAUUCUCCACGAGCGCACGCAUGAGUUCGCCAGCACGAUGGACGCCGACGGCUUGCCAGACAUUUGGGGGAACCUCUGGCGCGAGCGAAAGGAGGAGAACCUGAUCGAGAGGACAGCGGGGGAACUAGCCAAAGACGGCGAGCUGGUCAUGACUGACAUCUUGGACCGCUACGCAGAGGCGGACAGCCGGGGGCGGCACGAGGAGGCGGAGCGCCUCUUCGCCAGUUCUCUGGAGGUUUCCAAUGCGGCGGAAACGUUAAAGACUUGCGCGGGCAUCCCUCCUCGCGGAGAUGAGGCGAUUCAAGGGGGCAUGGCCGCUAUCAUGGGCCUCGACAGGUACUUCUCCACCUCGGGGCAGAUCGCGCAGCUGGACAUGAAAUUGCGAUGGCGGCAGGAGCUGGAGAUGGUCGACGAGGUGGGCAAGUUCGGAUUUGAGCAGGCCUUGGGGGUCCUGCUGGCUCUGGGCAAGGUGACCCUCUCGGUCCUCAGCGGCGUGUACGGGGAAGCAUGCUUCAAGCUCGCGAGCGUCGAGGGCGACCCGCCGGAGCUGCACGUCCAGAUGACGCAGGUGUCCUUCAGCAGCACGAUCGCCGCUACCUUGGGCUACCUGGCCCUGUGCGGCGCGCAGGGAGACGAUCCCAGGGAAUUCUUCAGCGGGCCCGACGGGCACUGGGGCUGCAGCACCUUCGUGGUCGCGCUGGUGUACUGCUGGCGCGAAUGGAUCUGCAACUUGUGCGUCAAGCGGUUUGACUCGCUGGUCAAGAACAUUUGCAACGCCGUCGCCCUUGUUCUGACCUACGCGUACACUGUGGUCGCUAGUAAGGAGCAGUCCUUCUCGCUGGUGAAGGUGAUGCUCCUCCUGGCCGUUGUGGUCGAGGUGGUGAACUACUCCGCGGCGCGGACAGCCGCGGUCGCGGCCAAGGUCGCCGCGGACGAGAUCCCGGUCUCCGAGUACAGCGCGACCAGCCGGAAGGGCACCGACUUCAGCGAGUUCGAGAUGAAGGAGGCCUGACGCCUGCGCGCCAAGCCCGAGUGGGCGCCGCCCCACUGACGCCCUCCACUGG